UACAGAGAUGAGCUAAAAACCGUCCUGUGAUAAUGCUAUAAUUAUAUAUUUUUAAGCCAAUUUCAAAAAGUAUAUACAUUUUUAAGAACAAUAUUUUCUAUGACCCAUAUGAACAUUUUCUAUUCAUUCUACCCCAAGGUGUUUGAUAAAGCUUCAUUGUGCAGCAUUUGUGAGAUAGCAAUUCGUUUACUACUUUAUUUUUCAGAAAGAAGCCACGAUCUUCUGCAAUGGAAGAGCAGAUAAAUUUAGUGUGCUCUGGCCUUCCCGUUUAUAGAGCAUAUGCAAAAUCUGAGAAGGUUAGCAACAAUCUAUUAGCAAAACAUUAUAAUGUGGCUGAUGAUGAUUAUUCGUUGAUAUUCCUUCAGACCGGAAGCUUCGUAGAGGGUUUCCCUGAUGUUGUAGAAAGUGAUGUUGAUUGGAUGGUAAUUCUCAACUCCCCUAAAGAAAUUAUCACCGCAGAUUGGCAAGAUAAAGUAUUCAUGCCAGUUGAACAUGCACCAGCACAUGUGAAAAUCCAGAUUCCGGUAGCAGACUUACAAAGAUUCCAGAAAAAAUGUUGGGUUACUUCAAAAUCUUUAGGCCUUCUAAACGCUGUAGAGGGAGAAGAAGCAUUUAUAUCUGCAAAAAGAGCACGUAAUCUUAAUAAGAAUGAUUUUCGUCCGGACUGGAUGAAAGACAACAAACCAAGUUCUCCAUGGGAAAAUCCUGAAAAUGAUGAAACAUCCCCAUCCUACUGUCUUCAAAGUCAGGAAAUGAAGAAUGUAACCGUCGAUCGAGUACCUGCACUCCAAUGUGAAGGCUGGCCAAAAGUUGCUCACGAAUGGAUUGGCAGAAAGCGUAACUGGCCUGCAGCCUCAUUAGUUGAGAAAAUCUCAUCUGGUGAUUUUUACAUUGUUCCGAAGCCUUCGAGUGCUUCCGGAGACCAUGAAAACGAAUGGCGACUAUCGUUUUCUUUCGCAGAAGCUGAACUUCUGCAGAACUUUGGUGACGUACAAGUUCGCGUUUAUUACGUUUUACGUACACUGUACGUUAAACACUUAAAAGAAAGAGUGAAAGGCACUUUAAGUUCAUAUAACAUAAAAACAACUUUGCUGUAUAUGUUACAGGAUCAUAAAACAGACUUCUGGUCAGAAGAGAAUACCGUAGCUAUUAUCCAAACCUUCUUUGAAAGACUUCAUCAAUAUCUCAAGGAAGGAUUCUGUCCCCAUUAUUUCAUACCAAAACAUAACCUUCUGUAUAAAAUCUCGAGACCAGAGCUCGACAAAGCUGCUUAUGAAAUAUCAGUGUUAAUUGCAGAUCCGGCUUCAGCAUUGAAUGAAAUUACUGAGAAGGGAUUUCUGGGAAUGAUGCCACGCUUUGGGUUUUGGAACGUGGAAGUGAGGAGCAGAUUAACAUUAAAACUCAUGGAGCUACCGGAACACGAAGCAUACACAGCCAUCACUUCUAAAUCUGCGAGCAACUUAGCAUUUUGUAAAACUAUUGAACGAAAAUGUUUUGUAGACAUUUUACACGACACUGCAUGUGCUAUCAAAGCAUUUCCUGGAAGUGACAGCUUUGUAAAUAUAUAUUUGCCUCUGAUAUUUCGCGGUUAUCACAUGUCGUCUGCAACCGAAGGAGACGGCUCUACCCUGACAUUCAAUCAAUUAAAGAUGGCACGACCGGAUCCAGCAUUUAUGGAGAUGAAUGUUGAACAACUGAAUAACUCAAUCUAUGUAUGGGUGGAGCUAUGCAGGGUUGCUUUAGAACAAAUUUUGCGAGGGGGGAAAACUAAGUUAAUUACCCAUUGCAACACAGCAUACAAACUCUUAACACUUAACAAGUUUGAAAAGGAUAACACAGUGGUACCAGAAUUUAAAUUGUUCCAUAAAAUGUGCUCAAUUGCCUCUGGUUUUCUUGCUUCGGCGAAUCUUAACGCCAAGGAAAUUGACUACGAACAACUUCUCACUGUUAUGGAUGGAAGUUUACCGUCAAUUGCCGAAGGAUGCUUACAGGAAAAAGACCUAUGUGAGCCAGUUGUCUUCGUGUUUACUGGUGGAACCAGUCAAAUGGCCAACAAACUUUAUAAAGUAUAAUUAAUUCUCACACUGAUAUUACAUUGAAUUUCUCCUAAGGAAAGACCAAAUCGUUUCAAACAUAUUUGCUGUCAUAUU